AUGGCAUUUGUACGCACAUUUCGCGAACGAUCACAGUUGACUUUUGCAAGCGGUUGAAUCUGUACCAACUAACUCUUGCUCCAGAAGAAAAAUCCCAGGGAAAUAAUAUUUGUCUUAACAACAAGUCAACGGUUGCCACAAUGGAUUGGCAAGCGCAACUGGUGUUGACACUAACAGUAUUUGUGAUACUGAGUCUGUCGUGCCAAGCUGAAGACACCGCGUGCCCCCCAGGAUGCAGAUGUGGUGUGGGACAAGCAGCCUGUCGGAAACCGUAUAAUGGCACUCAACCUCUUCCUAAUCACACAACAAAACUCGAACUACAUACAGUUGAUCCGAUUGUGCUCAGGGCACUGGUCCAAAGCGUGCCACAACUGAAGCAUCUCAUGCUGAAUCGCCCGGAAGGAUUUACAAGCGAGAAUGACAGUACUGCUCAACCGGAUUACGAGCAAAGAAUGAUGACCGUCGAGGAACUUCAUGAUCUUCAGAAAGGAGUCAUUGGACUGGCAAGCCUUGAGACCUUAGUGAUGAACGAGAAGGCACUAGAAUGCUCAUGCGACCUGUUGAGUUUGGCGGAGGCAGCUUAUGGUAAUGGUGUGGAUCUGUAUCACGUCAUUAAACUUCUGAUGAGUCAAUCUUGCAGACAAGAAGGGCUGGAUCUCGAUCUCCAUUCUCCCCUAGAACUACUUUUGCUAUGCUCUUCUCGUUCAUCAUAUCAACUCAAACCAUUUCAAUCAAAACCAGCACUUCUCCAGCCAAAAGAAAGCCAACUUUUAUCAGCUGAAGAAAAAGUUUCGGAGAUUCCUGGCCCCAGUUCCCACAUUAGAGUACGACGUGCUGGUGAGAAAAAGCCCAAAAGAGGCAGGAGAAAGAAAGGAAAAGGAAAGAGGCGGAACAGAGGAAAAACGUGGAAAGGAGGACAGAGACGGAAAGGAAGAAAGAGGACAAAAGGAAGAAAGAAAGGGGGAGAAAAACCAACGAAUAUUUUGACAAAAGAGAAAUCAGUUAAUCCAGGAACAAGAGAUGUAAGACUCAAGGUAGAACGAAAUGAGAGGGAAUCGCAACCCAAAGAAAUUGAGAUAAAACCAGUUAAACCUGGGAGAGGGAAGCCAAGAAGAGGAGGAAAAGGGCAACGAAAAAUAAAGAGAAGGAGGAAAUGGAGAGGAAAAAGGAAGGGAAAAGGAAGGAAGAGGAGUAAAGGAAGAAAACGAGGGAGAGGAAGGAAGCGGGUAAAAGGAAGAAGAAGAGUAAAAAGAAGAAGUAGGGGAAAAGGAAAGCAGCCGGUUAUAGCGAUGGAAGACAAAGAACGGGAAAGGGAAGAGGAACCAGCGACAGAAGAGACAGGAGUAGCAGGCGACAAGAGAGAACCAGUAGAGAAGAUUGGAACAGGGAACAAAAUUAAAAAAAAAAAUAAAAAGGCCAUGAAAGAACUGGAUCAAGCAGAAAUGCCGACUAAAAUACCUGGGUCAGAAAACUCACGGAAAGGAAAAACUAAGACACCAAAGAAAUGGAAAGGAAAAACAAAAGGAAUUGGAAAAAAGAAAGGGACACCACCAGUUAUUGCAACAGAAAAGGAAGAAGCUGGAACAGAAGAGAAACCAGUUAAUCCAGAAGCGGUACUAGAAGAGGCUGAGGCAGAACCAGAUGCAAAGGAAACAAUGCCUGAAGAACUUGAAAUACAACCAGUUGAACAAGAACCAGUUAAACCUAGGGAAAAGAAGCCAGGAAGAGGAGGAAAAGGAAAAAAAAAGAGGAAAGGGAGAAAGAAGGGAAUACGAAGACAGAAAGGGAAAGGGAAACGACCAUUUAUUGUGAUGGAAGAGGAAGAAGCAGGAACGGAAGAGAAACUAGUUAAUCCAGAAACAAUAGAACCAAUGGAAGAACCAGUGGAAAUGGAAACAAAGCCUGAAGAAACUGAGAUAGAAGUUGUUGAACAAGAGCCAGUUAUACCAGGGGGAAAGAAGCUCGCAAAAAGAAGAAAAGGAAAAAAGAAGGGGCAAGGGAGAAAGAGGGGAAAAGGAAAGAAAGGAGGAAGGAAGCCACCCGCUGUUGUAAUAGAAGAGGGGGAAAAAGAAAUAGAAGAGACAGCAGUUAAUGCAGAAACAGGAGAAGAAGGACCAAUGGCAGAACCAGUGGAAAUGGAAACAAAGCCUGAAGAAACAGAGAUAGAACUAGUUGAACAAGAACCAGGGGGAGAGAAGCCCAAAAAAGGAAGAAAAGGAAAAAAGAAGGGGCAAGGGAGGAAGAGGGGAAAAGGAAAGAAAGGAGGAAGGAAGCCACCAGCUGUUGUAAUAGAAGAGGGGGAAAAAGAAAUAGAAGAGACAGCAGUUAAUGCAGAAACAGGAGUAGAAGGACCAAUGGAAGAACCAGUAGAAAUGGAAACAAAGCCUGAAGAAUUGGAGAUAGAACUAGUUGAACAAGAACUAGGGGGAAAGAAGCCCGCAAAAGGAAGAAAAGGAAAAAAGAAGGGGCAAGGGAGAAAGAGGGGAAAAGGAAAGAAAGGAGGAAGGAAACCACCGGCUGUUGUAAUAGAAGAGGGGGAACCAGAAACAGAAGAGACAGCAGUUAAUGCAGAAAAGGGAGAAGUAGGACCAAUGGAAGAACCAGUGGAAACGGAAAUGAAGCCUGAAGAAAUGGAGACAGAACUAGUUGAACAAGAACAAGGGGGAGAGAAGCCCACAAAAGGAAGAAAAGGAAAAAAGAAGGGGCAAGGGAGAAAGAGGGGAAAAGGAAAGAAAGGAGGAAGGAAGCCACCCGCUGUUGUAAUAGAAGAGGGGGAAAAAGAAACAGAAGAGACAGCAGUUAAUGCAGAAACAGGAGAAGAAGGACCAAUGGCAGAACCAGUGGAAAUGGAAACAAAGCCUGAAGAAACUGAGUUAGAACUAGUUGAACAAGAACCAGUUAUACAAGGGGGAAAGAAGCCCGCAAAAAGAGGAAAAGGAAAAAAGAAGGGGCAAGGGAGAAAGAGGGGAAAAGGAAAGAAAGAAGGAAGGAAGCCACCAGCUGUUGUAAUAGAAGAGGGGGAAAAAGAAACAGAAGAGACAGCAGUUAAUGCAGAAAAGGGAGAAGAAGGACCAAUGGAAGAACCAGUGGAAAUGGAAACAAAGCCUGAAGAAACUGAGUUAGAACUAGUUGAACAAGAACCAGUUAUACAAGGGGGAAAGAAGCCCGCAAAAAGAGGAAAAGGAAAAAAGAAGGGGCAAGGGAGAAAGAGGGGAAAAGGAAAGAAAGGAGGAAGGAAGCCACCAGCUGUUGUAAUAGAAGAGGAGGAACCAGAAACAGAAGAGACAGCAGUUAAUGCAGAAAAGGGAGAAGUGGGACCAAUGGAAGAACCAGUGGAAACAGAAAUGAAGCCUGAAGAAACAGAGACAGAACUAGUUGAACAAGAACCACUUAUACCGGGGGGAGAGAAGCCUGCAAAAAGAGGAAAAGGAAAAAAGAACAGGAAAGGGAGAAAGAGGGGAAAAGGAAAGAAAGGAGGAAGGAAGCCACCCGCUGUUGUAAUAGAAGAGGGGGAAAAAGAAAUAGAAGAGACAGCAGUUAAUGCAGAAACAGGAGAAGAAGGACCAAUGGAAGAACCAGUGGAAAUGGAAACAAAGCCUGAAGAAACUGAGUUAGAACUAGUUGAACAAGAGCCAGUUAUACCGGGGGGAGAGAAGCCUGCAAAAAGAGGAAAAGGAAAAAAGAAGAGGAAAGGGAGAAAGAGGGGAAAAGGAAAGAAAGGAGGAAGGAAGCCACCCGCUGUUGUAAUAGAAGAGGGGGAACCAGAAACAGAAGAGACCGCAGUUAAUGCAGAAACAGGAGAAGAAGGACCAAUGGAAGAACCAGUGGAAAUGGAAACAAAGCCUGAAGAAACAGAGAUAGAACUAGUUGAACAAGAGCCAGUUACACCAGGGGGAAAGAAGCCCUCAAAAAGAAGAAAAGGAAAAAAGAAGGGGAAUAGGAGAAAGAUGAGGAAAGGAAGAAAGAAAGGGGGACAGAAACAACGAGCUAUUGUAGUAAAUGAGGAAGAACCAGUAAAACAAGAGAAACCAGGUGCAGCAGAGAUAGGAGUAAUAGGUGCCAAGGUAGAACCGAUGGAAAUACAAGAAACAAAAUUAGCAGAGGCCAUGAGAGAAUUAGAUCAAACAGAGAUACCGUUUGAAACAGAACCACUUGAGCCAGAAAUGAAACUUGAAGAAGCAGAAACUGAACCACUUUGGCCUGAGACGGACCUUGUAGAGGCAGAAACCGAACCGUUUGAGCCAGAUACAGAAAUUUUUGAAGCAGAAACUGAAUUACUUGAGCCAGAAACAGAACUUGUAGAGGCAGAAACUGAACUACUUGAGCCUGAAACAGAACUUUUAGAAGCAGAAACUGAACUGUUUGAACCUGAAACAGAACUUGUUGAGGAAGCUGAACCACUUGAGCCUGAAACAGAACUUGCUGAGGAAGCUGAACCACUUGAGCCUGAAACAGAACUUGUUGAAGCAGAAACUGAACCACUUGAGCCUGAGACAGAACUUGUUGAAGCAGAAACUGAACCACUUGAACCAGAGACAGAACUUGUUGAAGCAGAAACUGAACCACUUGAACCAGAGACAGAACGUAUGGAAGUAAACAUAGAGUCAGAAGAGGAGCUGUUUGAACCUAAGACAGAAGUAGCAGAAAUAGAUGAAAAAUUGAUGAAGGAACUGCGUGACCUCUUGGAAGCGACCAAGAUGGAUCUUCCAGUUGACAUCAAUGAUCCAUACGAUCUGGGUCUUCUCCUUAGACACUUACGUCAUCACUCAACUCUCCUUGCCCACAUUGGUGACCCUGAUGUCAAAAAAGAAGUCCUGAGCGCCAUGAAUGAAAAAGACGAAACUGAGUUUCUGUAAGACAUCACACGGUGAGCAAAUGGUAAAAUGGACAAUGGGGAUGAUGCCUGAACUGGAUGGUAGUCAAGGAGCAGGAACUGCUUUACUGCAAACAACAUUAAGUGGAUCAAAACAGACAGAACAGUCUAGUAAAUAGAAAAGACAUCACGAAAACUUCUUUCUCAAAACCUUCAUAAACAUCUCUCAGUGUAUGUAGAAGUGUUUUAAAUUUGUCUUUGUUUUGGGGGGAAGGUCUUUUUGAGCUCAACUUGUAUGAAAUAUUUCAUCCACAUUACAACCAUGCCACUUGAGGAUAUGCUAACCUGUUGGAGAAAAAUUAAUUUUAAAAUGUUUCUGGCGGAAACAUUUGAUUUGGUGUGUGUGGGUUGAUACCAAUUCCAUUAAUUUAUUAUCAGACGGAUAAUUAAUCUGUUUAUUUUGCUAAGCAAACAAUACUGAGAGGCGAUUCUAUGACUGCAUAGUUAUAAAAUUAUCCAACCCCCAAGAUUUAGCCAGUUGUUAAAUUUUAUACAAUAACAGUGCUAAAUGGCUAGCUUUUUCAUGGAUAACAACAAAAUAAGAAAUACAAGCACUACCUAAGGUAGUCUCAACUGGUAUUGACUUGCACUCAAGACUAAGCAAAGAUUUUUCUUCUGAUGAACAAAACUGAGCCCAACCCAAUAUUGGUAAAUGGACAUGUCCUUGAAGCAAACGCAGAGCAGUACAAGGUUGAUAAAGCAUGCCAGUAUCUUUUCAAAUUGUUAUUUCUUUACGAUACUUCUACUCUACUUAAUUGUAGACCCAGUAACUAGGGCACUGUACUCCUUUUAUGAUAUUUGACUUUUUAUUGGUUGUCACUGAAGUCAAAAAUCAUAAAAAAGGAGUACAGAUUUCCAGUUACUGGGUCAAGUUGCACUGUUUGUUUGCAAAUCCAAUUUUAACCAAUACACCAAAUGUGGCAAAUAUAUAUGUCAUUUAAACUGUUGCUUGUUAAAGAUUCAAAUUAAGUGUACUAUAAAAAUGAAAAACUACAGUUCUCAAAAUAAUCUUUAGCUAGAAAAGCUUCUGAGAUUUCUAACAAACUGAACAAAUUUAGAUCAGAAUUAAAAUGUUUUGUUUCAACAAAUAACUGGUCAAUCCA